GUGACACCAGUCUUGCGUUGCUAGCUAUGUAUACGGGAUGGACAAGAUGGCGCCGGGGGUUGAUUUAGCAUUCGGACCUGCGGUGGUUGACGAAUAGUCCGACAGGAUGAACCUCUGUGGCCAGUAUUUGCGGCAGGCAGAGGCCCUGAAGGCUGACAUGACAGAUUCGAAGCUCGGCGCCGCCGAGGUCUGGACGUCGCGGCAGGCUCUUCAGGACCUGUACCAGAAGAUGCUGGUGACGGACCUGGAGUAUGCUCUGGACAAGAAAGUCGAACAAGACCUCUGGAACCACGCUUUCAAGAAUCAGAUCACGACACUACAGAGUCAGGCCAAAAACCGAGCCAACCCCAAUCGAAGUGAAGUACAAGCAAAUCUCUCGCUUUUUCUCGAGGCAGCCAGCGGAUUCUACACACAGUUGUUGCAGGAGCUUUGCACGGUCUUCAACGUGGACCUGCCAUGCCGCGUAAAGUCGUCUCAGCUGGGCAUCAUCAGCAAUAAACAAUGCAACUCCAACGCUAUUGUGAAACCCCAGCCCAGCUCCUGCUCUUAUAUCUGCCAGCACUGUCUCGUCCACCUGGGGGACAUUGCACGAUAUCGCAACCAGACCAGCCAGGCGGAAUCCUAUUACAGGCACGCAGCUCAGCUGGUUCCUUCAAACGGUCAACCGUACAACCAGCUGGCUAUCUUAGCCUCGUCGAAAGGAGACCACCUCACAACCAUCUUCUACUACUGUAGGAGCAUCGCGGUCAAAUUCCCCUUUCCAGCAGCUUCCACCAACUUGCAGAAAGCUCUUUCCAAGGCUCUCGAGAGCCGCGACGAGGUCAAGACGAAAUGGAGCGUGUCCGAUUUCAUCAAAGCCUUCAUCAAGUUCCACGGGCACGUUUACCUCAGCAAAAGCCUCGAGAAGCUCGGCACGCUGAGGGAGAAGCUGGAAGAGCAGUUUCAGCGACUGAUUCUUCAGAAAGCCUUCAGCUCUCAGCAGCUCGUCCACAUUACGGUCAUCAACCUGUUCGAGCUGCACCACCUCCGAGACUUCAGCAACGAGGCCGACGACCAAAGCUUCAGUCCAGACGAGCAGAUCAGCUGGAUCCAGCUACUCGGCCUUUUCAUGUCUUUCCUGGGUGUGAUGUGCAGCCGAGCCUUAUUGAAUAAGAACCAAGAGGAGAUCAUGGGGGAGUGCCCCCUGCCCGCUAUCAAGGUGUCCAUGGAUUGGCUGAGGCUGCGCUCUGGAGUGUUCACCGAAAGCGCCGUUGACCAGAGACAAUACAUUUGGCCGUGGCUGGUGUCCAUCCUUAACAGCUUCCAGCCCAAGGAGGAGGACGCGUCGAAUCCGUCAGCUAUUCCACUCCCAGAAGAGUUCGAGCUCCAAGGCUUUUUAGCGCUGAGGCCCGCGCUAAGGUUGCUAGACUUUUCCAAAGGACACCAGGGAAUCGCGGUCGACAAGGACAGCUUAAUAGUUCAUGCCCGUCAUCAAAGGCUCAUCAGUUUGGGCAAAUGGGUGGCAGAUAACCACCCGGGUCUAAUCCAGUGUCGCAACAGCGAAGGGCUGCUUCUCUUCAUCACCGACAUCCCGGAGCUGGCAGUGGAGGAGCCGCCGGAAAAGGAUCCCUCAGUGUUGCAGGAAUCGUCGAACGGCGAGCAGAACCCCAACGACGGUUCUUCCGGCCUCAAAUCGGUACUCUCCAUGGGAAAGAGCCAGAGCAGCAGUCUGGACGGCAGCGAGAGGCCCGUGGUCACCUUCAAGGAGAACAUCAAACCUCGCGAGCAGAGCCGCAACCAGCCGCACAGGGACGCAGCUAAGGAGCGGACCGGCUUUGGCAAGGGCAACGGGAUGCCGCUGAAAAACGAGCAGAAAAAGGACGGCAAGAGGAAGAGUGACGUUAAAAAGAACAGUCACGAGAAAGCCUUGGACGCGGGGAAACAGGUAAAAACUCAGACGGAAAUGAGGAAGACUCCGGUGACAGAGGCCAGAAAAACGCCGGUCACACAGACCCAGACGACCUGCUCUUCGCAGUUUAUCCCUAUACAUCACCCGGGAGCGUUUCCUCCUCUCCCCAGCAGACCAGGUUUUCCUCCGCCAGCAUACGUGAUCCCACCCCCUGUGGCGUUUUCAAUGAACCCUGGCUUCACCUUCCCAGCUGGCGUUUCCGUCCCGACCUCCUUUCUGCAGCCUGCCUCCCAUCCUCAGUCUCCCAAUCAGGUGCAGUCCGGCAAGCCCUCGCACAUUCCCUACAGCCAGCAGAGGCCCUCCGGCCCUGGAUCUCUCACUCAGGGGCCUCCUCAACCCCAGGCCCCAACUCAGACCCAGCAACCACAGCCGGCUCCUCCACAGCCUUCCAAACAAGCCCUGCAGCAGAGUGUGCAGCUUCAGGUGCAGCAGCAGCAGUCGCCCACUAAGCAGAACUCGCAGCUGGGCAAGAGUCCACCUCACCACACCGGCAUGCAGCAGCCUUAUAUGCCCGUCUCUGAGCAGGCCGGCCAAAUGUGGAGUCAACACCAGGCCCCGGCCUCGAUUCCCAAGAUGCCCAUGCCGGUCAAACCGCCGUUCUUCAUGCCUGCACAGGACCACAUGAAGCUCUUUGAGCACUCCAUGCCUCCCCCUGCCGUGUCCAUGCAGCCGCCACAGCCCAGCAUGGACAAGAAGAUGAACUUUCAAGAAAUGAAGAUGCAGGAUUUCUACUGGGAGCCACCGUACCGCAUGACCGAGAACAGGAGCAGCAUGGGGGACAGGAUGGGCAAACACCAACCCGGGGUCUUUUGCGCAGAACAGGAGAACACCCCCAGGGGGCCACCUUAUGAGGACAACAAGAGCUCUCCUCUUCUUCCUCCCGACCUGUUAAAAACUCUGGCAGACUUUGAGGAGGAGGAGGAGUUGGUCUUUUCUAAGCCUCAUGAUUUCUACCAGGCCUUGGCCGGCCCUCUUAAUUCUGCUCCCGGAAGAAACAUGUUUUUAUCUAACCAGUCCAGGCUGGACAGUGGAUCCGAGGUUAUGGGACAGUCCUCUCUCCUACACCGCUCUGUCUUUUCCAUUCAGGAGAACUACCAGAACAACAGUAUAUUCAGAGAGGCUUACGGGAAACACCUCCCUAGCACACAGAAACCCGACGUACCCAUGAUGCACCAGGAGCACUCGCUUUACUCGCUGUUUGAAGGAACCCCAUGGUCACCCUCUCUUCCUGCUAGCUCAGAUCACUCGACCCCAGCCAGCCAGUCUCCUCACUCGUCGAACCCGAGCAGCCUGCCGUCUUCACCUCCAACUCACAGCCAUGGGGCGCUACCCUUUUCCAAUUUUGGCCCCAUUGGCACACCAGACAGCCGUGACCGCAGAGCGGCUGAUCGCUGGAAGCCUGAAAAGACUGGUGUAAGUGGUUUCGGCCUGGACUACCUGCCAGCCGGCUCGUCUGGCCCAGAGCCGAACAGCUGGCACCAAAGCGCCCCAACCAAUAGCUGGGCAGCGCAGGACAUGCCUAUGGAAGACUCCUCUACUGUCCUACUCGACAGCUUCAAGUCUAUCUGGUCGAGCUCGAUGAUGCAGCCCGGACCUUCAGCGCUGGAGCAGCUCCUCAUGCAGCAGAAGCAGAAGCAGCAGCGCGGCCAUGGCACCAUGAACCCUCCGCACUGAAGAGAGACGCGAGGCAUUCGUGCGGAAACAAACCAAAAAAACAACCACCGAUCCCGAAGACGAACGAAGAGGUGCAAAACCAAGAGCUUCUAUCGGAAAUCAGUUUUUCCGGCGUUAACCCGCGCGCGGAGGCCGGAGACGGCGGCUUGGCGUGAACCGACACGCUCCAAAGCAACCGCUGGAGGGGUGGGGAGGCACAGCCCUCUCCUCUUUCUCUCUUUCUCUUUGUCUCUCUCUCUCUCUCUCUCUCUCUCUAUCUUUGUCUUUCUGCGCCUUUUGAAGGCAAGGAGGGAAUAAAUAUAGGCAUCUGAUCUACCGCA